CCUAAUGAAAUGCUCAAGCUUUUGGGACGAUUUCUCGCCUAGCUUUUGUUGUUGUGCGUUGGCAAAAACGAACGCUGUGGGUGCGCUAUGCACUAAUACAAACACAACUGAGCUCGCCAGUAUGCGUGUGUGUUAAUUGUGUGCAGUUGCAGUUGUAGUUGUAGUUGUGUAGUGGCUGUGAAAUGGGUUCAUUGCACGUAGCCCCCAAAAGCGACCAACUGGUCGACAGAUCGACCGAACGUCGGACCGACCAUACGAACGCCCAUUCGUCAGUAACUAGGCGUUUAUUUGUGUGCGUGUGCGUGAGUGUGUGUGUGUAUGCGUAUACAUAUGCAGCUAGGUACAUAGUUGUUGCUGUUUAGACAGCCUGACCGGGCCGCUCUGCUUAGCUGCGUCUGCGUCUACGGCCUGUGCUUUAGCUUCGCUGUUGCUGUCGCUGUUUGCUGCUUCUGUCGCAUCGGUCAUCGUGCAUUUUGCUCUGUUUGUGUGUGCCUGCAUUUUGCUCAGCACUCAACGCCGUUUGGCGCUGCUCUUUUGUUUCGCAUUCGCGUUGAGAGCGCAGCACGAGUUUUGCCUUUGCGUCUAAUGCGGCCCGACUUCAAGCCGACGCCGUGGCCACCUUCAACUGCGCGACGAGUCUGUGGCAAACCCAACAAGACACACACAUAUACCUACACAGGCCAUGCAAUUAUUCGCCGAUAAUUGAUGUCAAAGGACGCAGUUGUGCUCCGCGUCCGCUGUUGUCGCCGCCGCCGCCAACGCCAACGCCACCGCCGCCACCGCCUUCGCCUUUGUCGCCCUUCCUCCUCUAUAACCAUAUCCUGUCGUCAUGCCAAAGGAGGAUCCGUUCGUGAAUCGCGCUCAGCUGCUGAAGGCCAUCAAGAAGUAUCCAGAAAUUUGGGACUCCAACAACAAGCUUCACUUGUGCCGCAGCGUCACAUCGCCCAUGUGGAACGAGAUCGCCGAACAGUUCGGCGGUCAUGUGCCUACAGUCAAACUACAAUCGAUUUGGAGUCAAAUGAAGUAUCACUAUCACAAUUUGGUGCAUCGGCAGAUCCUGCACAAGGAGCGCUUCAAUACCAAGUGGGAACACUUCGAACCCAUGUCGUUUAUGUACAACAUAACGGUCGCAAAGAUCGUUGGCGCUCAGUCCAACUCGAGCAACUCUGAAGCGAGUUCUCCAAGCGAGCCAGCUCACCCGGUGGGCGGCUCACCUCCUGCACUGCCACCGCCUCCUUUACCAAGUGCUACUCAUGGACGCGGGCGUCCCAGCGGCAGCUUCAGCUGGCUGCAGUCCACAGCCGCAGUGUCGCCACCAAUUGUACAGCAAUCCGCUGCCGCAGCCGCCAUCUCUGCACCCACUGAGCUACCUCAUCUCAUUGAGCAGCCGGCAGCGCAUGGCAUGACCUACACCGCCUUCACAGGAUUAGUGCCGCCGGCUGCUGUCACCGUGGAGGCAACGACCACGCCCAUGCGCAAACUGGGCCGGCCCAGUUCGUUGCACAACAGCAUGCGCGGUCGCAUCAUCGAUGCCAUUAAGGCGCGCCCCUCCCUGUGGGCGGGACGCCAGCGUAGCGAGAAAGGCCAGGGCCAAAGCCGCACCUCCGCCGUCUGGAAGGAAGCGGCCAACGAGAUGGGCCUAACGCCGACUCUCAUGCAGACGCGCUGGUCGAUCAUCAAGCAGCGCUAUGUGGAUGAGCUGCAGAAGGAGCGACAUGCGCAGUAUGCACAGCAGGGAUUCCGGUCGAAUUGGGAGCAUUUCGAGCGCAUGUCCUUCAUGCGGGACAUGCUGCUGAGGAAGGUGGACGAACGCGAGCAGACGCGCGAGCACAUCCAGGAGAUGGUGAGCGAGCAGCAGCAGCAACAGCACCAGCCCCAUUCCCUUGCCAUUGGCCAUGGCCAGCCGCAGGCGCAUCCACUGCAGCUCUAUCGCCCGCCUGGUCUGGCCGAGCACUCGCAGGACUUGCCCAUUGGCCAGGUGCAGCAGCAACUGGCGCAACAUGGCGCGCAUCUAAUGCAUCCGCAGCAUCUACAUCUUCAGCAUAAUAAUCAUCAUCCGCAUCUGCAUCUGCAUCAUCAGGCGCCUGUGGCUGGACGACGACGUGUCAAACACGAAUCCGAUCUGGAGUGGGAUCCCUUCGAAAUGAUUCUACAUGUGCAGGGCAAUGGCGAGCCGGCGGCCAACUAAAGCAAGACUGAGAACAGCAAGAGCGAGAUAGGACGAGAGAGAGAG